AUGGUUGAGGAACUGAAAGGAAAUCACGUGGGGUUAAUGAGUUGCGGGUUCGUGGGUUUUGAAGAUGGGUUUUGUGACGCCGGUGACGGAAAGUGGUGGUGGAAUCGCGGUGAACAAAAGGGUUUGUUGACGGCGGCGCGAUUUGGAGGUGAAGCGGCGACGGUGGUUAGGUUGAUGGCGGAAGGAAGAAGAAGGGUUUUCGUUGAGUUUCGUGUUGUGGUUUUGAGAGGCUUAGGAAAAAAUGCAGCUAUUACUGAAGAAGGUCUUUUCAAAUUUUCUACUCAGGUAUCCAUUCAGGUUGAAGUUGUUAAAUCCUUUAAUGACUCGGAAGGAGCACAAUGGGAACACUCACUUUCUGAAAAUCCCAAUGAUCCAGACACUUUUAAACGAAGGUGUAAAAUUGCAGAGGUUCUUGUUGAGAAUAACUUUGAUUUGGCAUUCCAAGUGAUCUAUGAAUUCAAUCUUCCUACUGUCGAUAUAUAUGCUGGUGUUGCUGCUUCUCUUGCUGAGAGAAAAGGAGGCAGCCAAUUGACAGAAUUCUUUAGGAACAUCAAGGGCACAGUAGAUGAUGAUGACUGGGACCAGGUUUUGGAUGCUGCAAUAAAUGUAUAUGCCAAUAAGCAUAAAGAACGGCCAAACCAUCUAAUAGACAUGUUAACUAGCAGCCACAGGAAAGCUCUUGCUUGUGUAGUUUGUGUCGGCUUAAAAAGUGCAUUUUAG